ACAGCAGGUACUCAAGAAAUAUAUACUGAACGGAUGAAUGUUUAGCGACAGUGAGGAGAACACUGGAGCAAUCUCUGUGUUCCUUACCCUGGAGGUGGGGUUUAGGGAUGGGAAUUUUUAGGUGAGAUCUAGAGGUCCCUCCCGCCUGGUGCCUGGUCCUGAGCAAUAGAACCUACGCACCGGGUGGAACACGAUGUCACAGUGCCCCCUUGUGGUCGUGUCCCAUUUUAGAACCCUGGUGUGGGUGAGGCUCUCCCCGCUCAAGGAAGGAGCACCGGGCAGGAUCCCACCCCCCACCCCCGUUAUCCCGGGGGGCCCCCCUGCCCCCACCAUGAACAACCAGGCGAGGGCUCCUUCCCCAGCCCGGAUUUCGACCUUGGUCCGGGCUUCAACCCCAGUCAGGACCUUGACUUCGGCCCGGACCCCAAAAGCCGUCCAGAUCCUGACCCCCGCCCGGACCCCGACUCCCGUCCCCACCCGGGCCUGGACCCCGACUCCCGUCCGGGCCCCAGCCUCAGCCUGGGCCCCCACUGCCGUCCAGACCCCGGCGGGAACCCUGGCUCCCGUCCCGACCCUGGCCCGGACACCGACUCGCAUCCAGACCCUGACCUCCGCCCGGACCCCGGCUCCUGCCCAGACCCGGGCCUCAGCUCGGACCCCCACUCCCAUCCAGACCCCGGCCUCGGCCUGGACCCACACUCCCAUCCAGACCCCGGCCCGAGCCCCGGCUCCCGUCCCGACCCUGGCCCGGACCCCGACUCGCAUCCAGACCCUGACCUCCGCCCGGACCCCCACUCCCGUCCAGACCCCGGCCUGGACCCCCACUCCUGUCCAGACCCAGGCCUUGGCCUGGACCCCGAAUCCUAGCCAGACCCUGGCCCGGAUCCUGAAUCCAGUCCAGAUGCUGACCCCGGCCCGAACCCCGACUCCCAUCCCGACCCCGGCCUCCGCCCGGACCCCCACUCCCGUCCAGACCCUGGCCUCGGCCUGGACCCCCACUCCCAUCCAGACCCCAACCCCGGUCUGGACCCGGACUCCCGUCCGGACUCUGACCCGGAUCCGGACCCCGACUCCUGCACGGAUGCUGACCCGGGUCCAGACCCCUAUUCCAGCCCGGAUGCCUACUCCAAUCUGGACCGUGCCUCCGGCCCCGGCCCCAACUCCAGUUCCAUCCCGGGUUGGGAUCGAGAUCACAGCCGCGGUCCCUGCCUCGGAAUCCUUCCCGGACUCAGUCCUGCCUUUGGAUCCACACCCAGAACCCGCUUUGGAGGAGCCCGCUUUGUCACCUGACAAGGAUCUUUCGCCCAAGCCGAGCGUGAAGCACUUCCCAUCCGUCGCCAGUGGAUUCGGGUCCAAGCAAGAGUCCAUUCUUGUCCACACUCCAUCGGCCACUGAUUUCCUGGGGCUCACCCUUGGCUCCACCUCGAGGGCAGACUCCUCGGCCGCGAAGUUGACAGAUUCCACUCCCAAGUUUGUUCUGGUGCCCAUCCUGGGUCCCGACCCGCUCGCCCCCACCUUACCCGAGUCCACCAACACUUUCACUCCCACCAUUGAGAGCUUCCCGAUGGACAGCAAAAUCGUGAUUCGAGUGAUCUACUGCUAUGGCCUUCGGUUCAUUCUACUGAGAAAGAGUCUGGAGCAGCAAUUUCCAAAUCGACUUCUCUUUCAGGAGGAAAGAGCUGCCCAGGCUACAGGGGAGUUUGAAGUGUUUGUGGAUGGGAAACUGGUCCAUUCAAAGAAGAAAGGUGAUGGCUUUGUGGAUGAGGCCAGGCUGCAGAAAAUUAUGAGCAUUAUCGAGGAGGAGAUCAGCAAAAGGUAGCAGGCAACUGGCUGGAGGUGAGAUGAGGGAGG